AUGACACACAAUUUGAGGCUGACAUUUACGCAGAGGGCAAUAGUUGAGGAAACUACUGAUCCUAUUGAUGAGAAUGUAGCAAGGGAUAUCAUUAAUCAUAAAUCACUUCGACAUCCAAACAUAAUUCGCUUCAAGGAGGUGUUAGUGACACCCACUUAUCUUGCCAUUGUUAUGAAAUAUACAGCUGGUAGAGAACUAUUUGAGUGCAUUCAUAAUGCAGGAAGGUUUAGCGAAGAUGAUCUGGAGAAUACCCUUCUUGAUGGAAGUCCAGCUCCGCGCUUGAAGAAAUGUGAUUUUGAGUACUCAAAAUUUAAUGAUGUUCUGGUCGUCCCUGUUGCAUUCGAGGCCAAAAUCAACUGUUGCGACUCAGCUUAUAUUGCUCAUGAGGUCCUAUCCAGAAAAGAAUAUGAUGACAAGAUAUCUGUGUAA